AUGCAUUAAUAAGUAAAAUAAAAAGAAAAAACUUAAUGGGAAAUAUAUAAAAAAGAAUAUGAUAGAUUAAAAGCUAAUAAAAUGAAUUCUUCAAAUUAAUUCUAAAGUUUUGAUUUAGAAGAAGAAAAAAAAUUAUAUGAACUAUUAAUGCAAAUUUCUAUUAAAGAAACUGAUUAAUUUAAAGAUAUAAAGAAAAAACUCACAAAAGGCGGUUUUCUAGAAGAACAUGAGGCCGGUAAAGGUAAAAAAGAUACAUAUUUUUAAAAUGAUUGGAUAUGUAAAAAUAAUAUUCCUAAAGAUUUUAUGACAUUAGUAAGAUUUACUAUAUAAUAAAAAUUGACAAAAAAAGCACAUUUUCAUACUCGUAGUUUUUUAUCCAACGAUGGAAAAGAGAUUUUUAUUUUAAUAAAGGGUAAUGAAUAGAUUUUUAAAAAAGAGGCUAAAUCUUCUGGAUUAACAAAAUAAUUAGAACUAGGAUAUUCAGAUUUGUUUAGUUUAGAGCCUUGUGAUAAACUUUAUAGGCCGAUGAGAUUGAAGAAACAAGUGAGGGAUUGCGUUAAGCAAUUAUAGAAGAAAUUAUAAAAAAAUUACGAUUUAAAGAAUUAAUUUGAAUAAAAUAAUAAUGUUACAAAGAGGAAUUUCAGAAGAAUUGAAAAUAGGACUUAGAUGUUAUUUGAAGUUGUUAAAAAAUGGAAUAACGAUGUUUUUUGGGCUAAUUUGGCUUAUAAAUAAUUACAAGUUGAUUAUUUUAUGAAUGAAAUAGCAGAAAAACUAGGUAUUAAUAAAGAAAACGAAAACGCAGAAAUUUUAAAAGACUCAGAAUCUACAACUAGAGAAGAAUGGGAAGCUUAUUAUGUAUAUUUAGAUUAUCUAAUAUAUUUUAAAAAACUAAUAAAUAAAUUACAAAAAAUAGCUAAAUAAGAUAAACGAGAAAAAAAAAUUAGAUAAAAAAAUAUAGUAGAUUAAAAUGAAGCGUUUUUAUAUAAACUAUUCUUUAGAAAAGCAGUUAGAGACACAAAUGAAGUUUAUCAUUAAAUAAAUGGGUUUUUUUCAACUUAAAAGAUACUAUAAAAUAUUUGGGAUAGAUUAAAUACUCGUCCAAUUUCUGCUUAUGUUGAUUAUUUUGAUAAUAAUGAUUAAACAGAUAGUUUUUUAUGGCGAAAAUAUGAAACUAAUGAAAAAAAGUAUCGUUCAAUGUUUUUGAAUAUGGAAAAAAUAAAACUAACAUAUUCUAUGAUAGUAAAACAAGUUAAUAUUAAUGGUUUAGUUCGAAGUCCAUUUUUUUUAAUGAAGGAAUAUUUUGCUUUACAUGAUCCUUAUUAAUUACAUGGUAUUGCUAAAAAAGAUUAUUUUAACGAUUUAAUAAAAUGUGGAAUUGUGGAUAAAGAUAUAGCAACUGAUACUGAAAAAGAGCUCAGGUAGAUGUUUUAAUUAUUAGAGGAUGAAGCUGAAGGAGCCGAUUUUGAUGCUGAUAGUGUUUCUGAGGAAACUGCUUUUAAUUAUUUAAGGCCUUGGCAUAUAUAGGUGGAUUCUAUUAGAGACUAUUUCGGAGAAAAAAUUGCUCUUUAUUUCAAGUUUUUAGAAUUUUAUACAUUCCAUUUAAGCUAUUUAGGAUUUAUUUCUAUUUUGGUAUAGCUUUUGAAAACAUAUGUAGACUCAGAUAAAUUAAAUAAUGCUCUUAAUAUAAGUUUUUCAGCUAUUAUUAUUAUUUGGUCUACUCUAUUUGUAGAAAUGUGGAAAAGAGAAUAAGUAUUAUUUUCAAUAGAAUUCGGUUAAUAGGAUUUCGAAGAAGAUGAAGCGGAAAGACCUGAAUUUGAAGGUACAUAUUAGCGAUCUAUUAUUUUAGAUAAAUUAAAUGAAGAAUAUUUUUCCCCUGUUAAAAGAAAAGCAAUUAUAUUGUUUGCUCUUAUUAUAAGUUGUUUAAUUAUAUUUAUAGUAUUUUAUGUUGUGAUAAAUAUAUUUUAAUAAAAGAAUAUAUGGGUAUAGAGUCCUCCUGUAUUCCUUUAAGGUUUUAUAGAUCCAAAUAUAUUUAGUUCAAUAUUAUUAGCUGUAAAUAUAAAUAUAUUCACAUUUAUAUAUUCAGGAAUAGGAGACUAUUUAAACAAAGUAGAAAACCAUAAAAUAUUAUCGUCAUAUGAGAAUUCCUAUAUAUCUAAAUUAUUUCUUUUUUAAUUUUUCAAUACAUUUAAUUCUCCUCUUUUUGUGGCUUUUUUAAGUGAUGUUUUUCCGAAUUUGAAUUUAUGUAGAUAUAACCCUAAGUUACCCCCAGAUUGCUUCAAAACGUUAAGUUAAAAUAUCGUUGUGAUUUUUUUAAGUAUGAUAGCAAAGAAUAUACCAGAAAUUCUAGUCCCUUAUUUAAAAGCAUUUUCUAAAAGUUUUUUUGGAUAAAAAAAAGAAAAAUAAGUGAUACACCCUUUUCAUAAAAUUGAUAAUUAUGUCGAAUUAUAAUCUCUAUAAGAACCAUAUAUGACUAAUAAUGAUUUAGAUGGAACAGUUGCAGAUUAUUUAGAACUUGUUAUUUAGUUUAGUUUUUUAACUAUUUUUGGGUUGAGUUUUCCUCUAUGCUUUUUUAUUGCCUUUGUUGUUAAUAUUUUAGAAAUACAAGUUGAUAGAUAAAAAAUCUUUAAUUUUGUCAAAAGACCUAUUCCUACAGGGGCAUCUAAUAUUGGAACUUGGCUAUUGAUUAUUGAUAUUAUUAGUUUUAUCUCAAUAUUUGCAAAUGCUGGCUUAAUUGUUUAUACUUCAAAACUUGUUGAAAAAUCAUAUUAAAUUAUUGUUUUUAUUUCUCUUUUAUUUGGAUUUUUAUUUAUUAAGUAUUUACUUAGAUUUUUGAUCCCUGAUGUACCAGAAAAAGCUUUGAUUAUUAAUAAAAGACAUUAAAUUUCUAUUGAUAAAAUUAUAAAAGGAUUUUAGAAAAAAAAAAUAAGGACUUAUUACAUUGGCAAAAUAUAAACUGAAAUUAAUGGAAUCAAUAAAAGUGGAAUACAUUUAAAUAUAUGA